GGAGUGUUAGUGUUUCCUGUACCUUGACGGAGGUCUUCCACAGCAGCGCCUGCGUCUACACUUCCAACCGUGGAUGCUUCCAACUCGACCAGAAGCUGUAGACAGAACCGGGUGGGCGGGUUUCCUGGACUCACUGGUGGUCGCGUUUCAGGGUCUAUUGUUCCCGCAACAUCAGCUGUGCUGCGCAGCUGGCAGUAACAUAUCGAAGUUUGGAAUAUAUAGGCAACAUUUGUAUAAGGCUUUAAUUCUCCGCUACGAGGGAGGAUAAACAAGGAUGAGAUGAAACGUGAAUGUGUUAACACAGGAGCAUAAGAACAUAACCUAGAUGGUUUUUCUGGUUUAUACUUUAAACUAAGUAGAGACCUUUUAACUAAUAUACAACUGAGUGCUGCCGUAAAAGUAAAGCUCAUUACAAUAAAUAAAUAAAUAAAAAUACACCGUAUAUAAGAAUUUUGAAUGUUACUCAAAUGGUUGUCGUGCAACCGAGUAUGAUUAGAUUUGCCUUCUUUAAAGUCGUCCAACACUGUAGCCAGAAUAAAAUUGGAAUUGAUACUGUGCAUUUCAUACGAUGAAAUGUAACAUGGCUGGAAACCUUAAAGUAGAGAUUUAAAAAUUUUCUCUUUUUUUCGAAAUUUAUCUGUAUUUUUUUUAAUUUCUACGCAAAUUUUACAAGGGUCCCUCUCAAAUUUUAACUGAAAACGGUGCAACACUUCAAAUCGUCCUGCACAACAACGACGUAAUGACGUUCCUCCUCUAUCCUCGGGAAGCGCUCGGUUAAUGAUUUAAUAUGCACCUGCUGGCAAGGCGGAGCGUUAGUUUGAUAUUUAUUUUUGAACUGUGCGUGAGAUCCCGUGACUCUGGCGCACUUUUUUGCAUUUAAACUGUGUAAUGAUAGUUUGCAUUUAAAUACAAACUUUUAUUUUGUUCACCACUGACAUUUUGAUGUCUACUUCAAGGAUAUGGUCUUCAGUGAAAGUCAGUUAUUUAACAAUUAAAUCGUUUUAAAAACCACAAACUACUUGUCUGAAUAUAAAAUACAUUUUCUUAAACUCUCAUGUGUGUUCUAAUUUUUGUAUAGAGAAGUUUUAUCCCUUCUUUAUGAUUAACUUUAUCGUUCACUUGUCGUUACGGCACACAGCGUGACACAAAUUGAACCGUCUUCUUCGUCCGUUGGAGGGGGAGAGGGGCGUUGUCUGAAGUCGAAGCAGGCUGGUGUGUGCUGCUGUUGCCAGCGAAUGGACGUACAACAUGGACGACUUGCGGGACGUUCAAAUUUCCAAGAGGCACGGAAGCUCCAGGUCGAUAUCUUCGGCUGGUUCUGCGGUGGCAAUGGAGAUUAAACGGAAGAAAAUACGCCAGAGUACUUUAUUUCACCAAACAGAGGUACGGGCUGAGAGAAACUGAGUUGUACUUGUGUGUUUAGUCGUCAAAUCAGCAUAACAAUGACAGUUGGGUUGAUACUGGGAGAGGUUCAAAGUGCGACGACGCCAAUAGGCAAAUGUAUUUGAUUUUUAUUUCACCAACCGUCAAAACAGUUGUCUUUUUUUCUGUAAACUGGGCUUAAAUAACGUUUCUAACUGAAGUUCAUACACUGGCUCUCACUUACCGAGGAGGUUGAGGACAAAGCCAGCGAGUCGUCGACCUGCUGUCUUCGUCUUAACGUCUCAGUAGAAACUAUAGAGCUGUGUACUCUUUGCGCUGUUGAAUGUCCCUAAAAUAAUGCUUUUUUCUUUGCUCUAACACCACUUAAACUAAUAUCAUUUCAGACUAAAAGCCUAAAACGUCAACCGAGACUUCUGAACGACACCCAACAGAUAAUAGAGGAUAUGAAUUUGUUGUACAUACGACAGAUUUCUCAUAAGCAACAGGUGCAUAAUGCGGUGGGGAAAUUAAAAGGGAAAUGAUGAUGUUUGUAUCCAUAAAACAACUGUCAAUCUCUUUAAAGUAGUUUUUCUAAUUUGUCUAUCACCAGUAGAUAAGGUUUUAUUUUUGACCAAGAUUACUAUGUUUUCAAAUCCACUGAUAACAAACAUCAUCAUGCUCCUUUUGAUUUUAAAUAUGUUAACCAGACCAAACCAUAAUAGCAUUUUCCAUUAUACAUUCAUUCAUCCGCUUCAAAACUGUAUUUUUGUCAUCCAUAUUGCCAAUUAUCUAAAUCCAUUAUGCACUGUCAUUGUCCUUUCAUCUAACAUUCAUAGUUUGCUAAUAACACUCAAAACUUUCUCUAUUUUCACAAUAAACAGUUGCUUUUGAGUGAUGAGAGUAUAAUGACUGCAUGGCCUCGAUUCAUUUUCAAAACAUCAGCUUAUUGUCAAAUAAUUGGUGGUUGCAGUACCGCUGUUUAUUAUAAUUAAGCUAUAACUCUAUUUUGUAAAAGCAUAACACAAGCCUUGUUAUAUACGCCAAUAACACGGUUCAUUAGAGCCCCGAAAAUGGAGCAGGUUUCAGGUGAAUUUUCAAGUCAAACUAACAAGUGCCACAGUGCAGUGUUGGCAGAGUAUAAUGUUAGCAAAAUGAAUGUAAUCUUUGUUUUUCCACCAACAACAAAUAUAUAUUUUUUUAUAAUUUUUCUAGUGACAGGAGUUACUGAGUAUAGGCUGAUAUGCUCAUUCCAAAUUUUUGGUAUCAGGAAGAAAAGAAUUUUAUCAGAACAUUUCUUUUUACCACCAAGAGCAACUUCACUUUCAAACUCAGAAUUUUUGCAUUCCUCAUGUCUUGCAUAGCUUUAUUUUUAAGGACUUCUUGAGUUCAAAACAUCAACACACCAAUAAUAUUAUAUUUAUCUUAUGUUUAUUUAAAAUUUAUCCUCUCCAUCUCUGUCCAAGAACACUAACAUACAGGACAAGCUUGACUUUGAGAUGCGAAUGCGCGAGGGGGCCUAUAAGCUUCUCCUCGCCUGUAGUAAGAGAGAGCAGAUUCUCAAUGCCUCCAAGAACCUGCUGACCUGCAACGCCAGGAUCAAGGCUUAUCUCACACAGCUGCAGAAGAACAAAGAAGAUCAGGACAUGACUGGAACUGUUAAGAGGUGAGGAGCUGUGGGUUAACCGUUCUUAGGUGUUGAUUAUGUCAUAUACAAAGCUCUUGAAUCUCAAUCCCUGAUGACUCAGGACAGGAAAAUGCAUUUUCUUGAGAAGAGGUCUUGGUCUUGUUUCAGUGAAAUUUGAUGAACAGUUUGAUCACUUUUAAUCAUCAAUGAAAUAUUUUAUGUCAGUCUUUCAGAUCCAGCUUCAGAUGACCGCGUGCCCUGUAGUGGAACAGUUGCGAUGUCUGGUAAGACUGUUCAUUGCCUUCUCUUGAGUCAUAACUGGGAAGUAAAUGUGCAGAAUAUGACUCAUUAGUCCAAGAAAUUGAAAAAAUAUAAACUCAAUGGCUAAGUUAAAUUAUUUAGAUUGUUGUAUUUAUGCGAGAAAGACUCAAUUCAGAAGUGUAACCCCUUUGGUGUUGCUUUAACAAACCUAUCUCCUCAACUUUUGUGUAGGGCUGCGUAUUCCUUUGAUAUGGAGGGAUUCAGAUCACUUUAACAACAGAGGAAGUAAGUUUGUCCCAGCAGUGUUAACCUUUAUGCCCGUUGUUUAGUUUUUCCUUAUUUUUUCUUCUAAAAACUUGUGGGACAACAUUCACUUGGCAUUGCUUAUGAUUACAGGCUCUCGUCGAGUGGCGUUGUUCUGUCUGAUGCAGACUGGCUCAGAGGUGUUCGACACAGAGAUGGUGGUGGUGGACAGAUCAGUUACUGACGUGUGCUUUGAGGGAGUCACUCUUUUGUAAGUAAUUAUUAUGCAUGUCAAACUGGCAGAGUAAAAAUAUCUUGAGGAUUUACACUAAAAUAUGUUGUUAGAAUUUAGGAAUUAUGUACAUGACAAGCAGAAUAUGACUUUGAUUUGAGAGAUGUUGCUGUACACAAAAUAUAUACAUUCUUUGUUUUAUUUUUUUUUUUUUUGCAAAUCUUGUGCUUGAAAUGUCUAUCUUCUCUUACAGUAAAGAUGUAGAUCCUCUAUUUGAUCUGAGGGUGGAGCUGUGGAGCUGUGCUGUUGAGGAAGAGCUCACAUUGGUAAACACGCCAAAGAAGCUGGCCAAGAAGCUCCGCAACUCCUUGGGAAAGACAGCUGGAAAGAAGGUCUGCCCUCUGCUGGACAGUAAUGACCCGGACACCUUCCUGCAGUACAACCCCAUACCAACGUGAGUAUUAUCCCAUAAAAAAAACCCUUUACAGACUCUUGGCUCACCAUUUAAGCUUUUUGCAGCUGGGAACUAACUUGAUUAUGGCUUGUUGCUAGAAUAAAGGUUUCAGCUGCAGGCUCACAAACAGGAUUGUAAUGAAAUCAUGCUGAGUGAGCAUUGUAAUAAGGGUUAAACCAAUAUUUGGAUAAAAGAGCCUCAAGAAAUUCAUAGAUUUUUUUCUACCACAAUAUUGAACUUUCUGUUUUUCCAAAAAGCCUUUGAUGUUUGUGUCUGCAUUUUAUUUGUGUCCGCACAAACACGCAUUUUACAGCUUUCAGAGCAUUAAACACAUCUUUAUUAAACAUCUGCAAGUGAUAAAAACCACCUGUUCAGUGUGAGGAGAAACCAGUAUUGUCAUUAUUAUUGUUUGUUAUGUUAAGGGUUUAUUAUGGUGGAGGUUAGGAGUUGAGCAUUAACAUUUUGUGCUUAAGUUUUUAAAGUCAAGAAAUUAAAAGAGCUGAUGUUUUUUAUUUACAUAAUGCUAAAUUUUGUGCAUUUGUGUUUUUCUAUAUCAGAGGAGCCAAGUACAGCCUCCUUGCCUACACUACACUGUCUCUGCCUGAGGCUGAAGGCAGCUUUCAGUCACACUCCCUCAUUGUCCUUCAAAAUGGUAAGAAGGAACAAAAAUAUUAUUCUUGGGGAUGUAAACAGUUUAAGCUUUUUAGCUCCUGCUCUGAGUCGUCAUGGUGGUAAUGGUACAACAUAUUUACAUUAAGGAAAGCAGAAAGGUGAAACAGAUUAAUUUUGACUGAAAGAUUGAAGUUCGGCUUGGAUUUGUUUUUGUUCUCUUGUAGUAAAUGUACAAGGAAGUUAGUGUUCAGGCAUGUCUUUGUUACCCAGCUCUAUAUUUAGAUCUACCUGAGGUGUUAUGUACAUAUGUACAUAUGUCAAAUUCCUUUGUAACCGGUACACACAACAGCUUUCUCACGUGUAGGUGUAAAACUACAUCCUGUAACUAAAUGUUGUUGAAUUAUGUGUUUUAACUUUUUUACUUCUUUUUUCUUUUCUAAGUUCAUUUUUGGGAUACUUGAUCUUUUUUUAUCUCUUACUUAGAGAGACUUUUUGAGAAUUCAUCACUUGUGGCAUAUCACUGGUUUUUACAUAAGCCCCUUCUACCUUAAUCUCUACUCUUUUUUUUCCCCCCACAGCCGAGUGGUCAUCCUGGCUUCCACUUUAUGGUAACCUCUGCUGCCGGUUGGUGGCCCAACCUGCCUGCAUGACACAGAGCAUGAUGUCUGGCUACCUGAACCAGAAGGUGUGUUGACUGCUGAUAUAAAACAAUUCCUGGGGAUAACACCACAGCUCCUUCCUUAUUUGUUAUUCUGGUGAUUUAUAGCAAAGCGUGGAGGGGAUGUACCGCUGCUGCAGUCUUUUCUGUGUGCUGAGUGCCGGUCUUUUAUCCUGCUACUUCACCCCUGAAGAAAUAGAGGCUAAAGUGCAGCCCACUCUCAGUGUUCCCAUCAACAAAGUAAGACAGAGUCCAAACUUACUGUUCCACACUCCACUUUCUUUUGAGUGAAAUAAUCACUGCAAAGGAGUGAAAAAAUAAAUGCCGAUUACACCAGGAUUGUACUAACUCUAUCCAUAUUUGCAUUUUUGCAUUAAUCUUUUAUGCGCACUGUCUGAUUAGCAGAACUUUGUAUUAUAUAUAAUCCUCACAGUCAUUAUUAUUGAUUUAAACCACAUUAUUGAGUUUUUCAUAAUGUUUGCUGUAUCAACAAGAUGUCACAUUACUCAUGAUAUGCUUCUUGCAUCUCUGGCAUUUUACUGCUUAAUUUAUAUUCAUUCCCGCAAUCUCAGCAAUGUAGUUUUUGUGCAAUUUCUCCCCAAGCUCCCAUUUGUUCCUGUGGAUGUCAUUUCCAGCUGAUAGUAAGUGGUUGGGGUUGUUUCUGCAGGACACUCGGAUUCGUAUCAUGGAGAAGGAGUCGGGAGGCCAGAAGUCCAGGAGUCUGUCCAUCAUCAACCCUUCACCAGAGGGAUCUGAGACCCUUGUGUUUACCACAGAAACCAGAGAGGGGCUAGAGGACUGGCUGGAUGCUCUCAACCAGCACCUCUAUGAUCAAAGUAUGUGUCUGUGUUAACAGGGCUUUGUUAAUAUUAGUGCAAAGAUAACCCAUCAGUAUAAGUGGGCACAGAGCAGGAGUAUACUUCUUUUUCUACAAAGUAGGGCCUUUUAUGUGUUUGAGAUGAAUGGGGAUAUUAGUCUGUUUUGGGAAAGCUGUUCAGCUCAGUUCAGAAUAGAUGGUUUAACCUUUUAUCUGCAUCUCUGGUGGCUCUUCUUGUUUAUAACCAGGCCAGUGGCUACACUGCUGCAACCAGCUAAUGAAGAUUGAAGUUGCGUCACCACGGAAACCAUCUCUUUUCCUCACCAAGCAGGCUGACUCAGUUUACAAUGACCUCAGUAAGUGGAAUAAAUGGAACGAGUGGGUGAAUUGAGUAAGAUUGAGAUAAAUUAAUUGGUGGCUGCCAUUUUUUUUGGUAUGAUUUGAAUUUUUUUUUUUAAAUAAAUUGUGAGACGCAUAAAUGAAAAGUAAUUCUAUUUGUCAUGCAUAAUAGUUUCUAAAUUCAGUGCUGACAAAAAUUUAGUUAAAAGAAAAAAAUUAGAAGACUAGACUUUCCUCUUUUGUGGCAUUUUUAUUUUCCACCAACUCUUCAUCUAAUAAGGAAAAAACACAGACUCGGUGCUUUGGUUAACCAUUUAUCUUUUAAUUAUCUGAAUGUGUUAUCAUCCCAGUUUUCUUUUUUACUUGACAUGCAGGUAUAAAUUCACCUGGCAAAUUCGAGAGCAUCACAGACAUGAUCCACAACAAGAUCGAGGAGACAGACGGCCACUUUCUCAUUGGUCCUGAGGAGGAGAAGGAUGCACCUAAUUGGUCCACUCUGUUUGACGGGUCCCAUUCAGUGGUCGUACAGAGGAGCAUUCUCUCUAAGAGCAAGACCUCCACCCCUUGCUCAAGUCCUAAUCCAAGCACCAGCUCUACACCUAUCAGCAACAAGAAGCGCCGUGCCCCAGCCCCUCCCUCUGACAGACAACCCUAUGCUCCUCCCGUACGUCCAGUCAGACCUCCCCCACCCGCUCCCCUCGCUCAUCCUCCCCAAAACCAGGAGAAGGAAAACUCUGGCAUUUGUACAUCACGCCCGCCCACAAGGUCCAAAACUGGCCGACCAUCUCUGGACGCCAAAUUCUCCGCCAUCAUCCAGCAGCUCCAGAGGAACAAUUCAGGAGGUGCCGCAGCCAUCAGCCGCAAAAACGCUCCACUGGGCGUCCUCGAUGUACAACCUCAAAGUCAGCCUCUCCAGCAGCUGGAGUACCAGAGCCGCCACAUCCAAGCCACUGAGUACCCUGGUGAACACAACUUCUUCAGACCAAGUCACGGUCCUGUUCCUGCACCGAGGAGCAAACUGAGAAAAUCUUUCAGAGAGAGGAUGAACCUCUAAGCCUUUGACCACAACUAGAGUUCUCUCAUUUCUUAAACAAGUGUAAGAACUUUGAAACCUAGCUCAGAAAGAUUAAUAGAAUUAGAUACAGAAUAUAUAUUUGACUUUAACUCAGUCUUAACAAUGUGAUCAUAUUUUGUCAUUACUAUUGGUGUGGUACUAAACAUAUUAAAGAUAGUUGACAUCAAGACAUCUUCAAUGACAGAAGCAUCACUAUGGGCCAGAGGCGUUGCAUUAAGACUGACGACAAAUACUGUAAAAGAGUUCUUUUGAGCUGUGAGGACUUUUACAGCUUAUGAAAACAUGAGAGAAUAUGUGCUAAAGAUGUGACGAAACGCAGCUUUUGUUAUCUGCUGAGUGAAUCAUCUCCUGUGGAUGACUCUAUUUUAGGCUGAUGAAUAGGAGUGGGAGUCUACCUUCCAAAUUUAAUUUCCCAAAUUGUCAAACUAUUUCAUUCAACAUAAAAGAGAGUCAGGUGACGUGAUCACUCAGGAAAAGGUCGUCGCUGCGUCCAUCAUGAUAACCCAAACCCCAGUAGACACCUCCUGCCACAAUAUCAAUAACACAUUGAUGUAGCUCCAGCUCCAUUACUCUUUUAUAAACUUUCUCAUGUGCGGCUAACCCAUAGAUGAAUCUGAGAGCUGAAUGUUGGCUCGGGCUCUGCCGUCAUCAAUCCCAGUAAAAUGGAAAAGGCUUAUUUCUCAGCUCUGCCUCUGGAACAUGGAGUGAAGAAAGAGCCCUUGCAAAAGCACUCAAAUUGGAAUUGAUCCAUUGGCCGACUGUGAACGAGUCAUUCCUUUUGGAACUAUUGACUUAUUCCACUCACUGUGACAAUUUUAUGACCACUAGAGCUGAUUUUAAGGGAACAAAAUUUUAGAAGCAAUUGCAGGCACUAAUGUGACUUCUCCAUUUCUCAGAGGUCUUUAUAACAGAGUGACCUCGGUUUUCAGUGGUUACACAGUACGCUCAACAUAAUUUAACACUGCAGCAUAAUUGAAUGAAUGAGUCUUUUGAGUGGCUGAAAUAACGAAUGGCCUUGUUUUGUGUUUUUAAGCAUAUCCAUUACUGGAAACCACAAAAUAUUUUAACCACUUAACAAUCACAUGCUGAAGAAUGGCCUUCUUCAUAACACAGAGAAGUACAAAACAUCAGGAUACUUUCUCUGAAACUAUCUGGCAGUGCGAAGCAGUAUGGAGAAAGCUAUAAACCGAGUUUAUUUGAUCUCACCCUCUAAAUUCCUUUUAAUCAAGAAGGGAGGGUGAAGAAUUGGAGAGAGGAGGAUUACAGGAGGAUUUGGUUUAAGCUGUGAAAGAACUGAGAAUGGGUUGUUUAAAGGGGAUAGUGCUUAAUAUAAGCAGUGUUUUUAAAAUGUGGCUGCUCCUGUGAACUCAUAAUACAUUAGUCACUUUGAUGUCGGACGGUAUACACCUUGAAAACACAAGUUAAGGUAGAAGGGUUAGGCCUUGUGGUGUUAAUUUUUACUUAUGUUGAUUUGUUUACACAUUAUCAUAAUAACUGUACUAGAGCUCCUUUAUCCUCUGUCAACACUUUGACCAUUUCAAUUAAGUGUGCAAGAGACAAACAGCAUAUUACUACUUAUUACUGACAUUAUUGUGAAAAGUGGUCUUCUUGAAUAGUAUUUCAGAUUAACCCUAAAGCAGUUUACUGUAAUGGAAAUGUUUCUCCUGCAGAUACAAAGAUUUAUAGGCAGCAUGUGAUCUCGAUGUAGCAGCUGAACACAGACUGAAUGUUCUUAAUUUUGAUCGAAUCAACGAGCCUGUGUUUAUGUUUCUCAUGUUGUUUUGAAUGUUGAAGCUGCAUGGCAGCAAUUUAAACACCAGCAGUAGUUUCUACUUAUAUGUUAAGGUAAAAAUGUCCUGUUUUGAUUCAAUAGUACAAUGAUGUUUCAAUGUUCUAUUUAGCGAAUUAAUACUUUGACUGUAGGGGGCACUUUGUUUAUGUACUCGUAAGUAGGACUGCAUUAAUCUUGCACCAGUGCUGAAUAAUUUGUGUGUAGUGCAAUGUGAAAAAUAUGGUAGUUAUUUUUGUUUCCCAAUAAGUGCAAUUUCCUGCUCUCUCUCUCUCUCUUUCUCUUCACUGUUGUCUUGGAAGUUAACUGUAUUUUUUAUUCUCGCUGAUCUGCAAUAAAAUGUCCUACUUUCCA